AUGUUACCAACGCGUUCAAUUAAUCCCAAUAGUUUAUGUAUUCCGGAGAACAUUGAAUUAGCAGAUCCAGAAUACUACAGAGCAGGAGAAAUUGAUGCACUUAUCGGCAGCGCGUUAUUUUAUAAUUUGUUGAAAGCUGAACGUAUUGAAUUGGUCGGUAUGGCUUCGGUUAUUCUUCAAAACACAGAUUUAGGUUGGAUAGUAAUCGGUGAAGUAAACGUCAGGAAAUCGAGUAAACCAAUUAGAGCGUGUCACUUAGCCACGUGCCUUGACGCACAAAUUAGUAAAUUCUGGACAAUGGAAGAAAUUCCAGAAAGGAAAAUCUUAUCAACGGAGGAAAGGGAAUGUGAAGCACAUUUUACGAAGCAUAUCUCGCGUAAUGAGCAUGGUCGAUACAUUGUUAGACUACCAUUCAAUGAUAAAUUAAGCAGUUUAGGCGACAGCAAACAGAUAGCCCUAAAACGAUUUUAUAAUCUAGAACGCAAAUUAGAGUCAAACAUCGAUUUAAAGAAUCAAUACACAACAUUCUUAAAGGCGCCCAGUUCCACAACCAAGAUUAGGGUCGUUUUCGAUGCCUCUACAAAGGGGAAUUCCGGAUUAUCCUUAAAUGACACGUUAUUAAUUGACCCCACUAUUCAAGAUACUUUGUUUUCUAUUCUCAUUCGGUUUCUGCAACACACAUUUGUCCUUACAGCAGACAUAGAAAAAAUGUACAGACAAAUCCUGGUUCAUCCCGUCGAUAGAACAUACAAAAAAUUCUUUGGCGAGAAUCUAUAG